AUGAGACCUGUCCUGGCUCAUGCUAAACAACCUUUGGUACUCUACCUCGAGAGGUUAGCAUAUGCUAGGAAAUCGUUGAUGGUCCAAAGGAGGGAAGCUGAUAAAGUGAAACUCGUAGAUGUAGAGGCAUCAAAAGCUUUAAUUCCAACCCAUAACUAUUUCACCCCUCAAUCAAUAGCUGGGCAGCCAUGCCAACAAGAGGCUGAGGUCGCUACUCUGGUGUUUUCGCUCUCUUCAUUACGAUAUAUUCUAGUCGCAAAUGAAAAGGUGGUUGAAAAAGCUCAUUUUUCCAUACUCAAGGAGCACCGCCUUGCUAGAAAAUAUCAAAAUGCCGCGGAUAAAGACCAUUAUCUUCAAGGCACCCUCCAUUCCAACAGCUCCCUCUUUUCACUCCAUCAUGUUCAUAGCCUCCAUCUUGAAGGUAAUGAUCUCACCGGGCCUAUCCCAUCUUCAAUAUGCCGAAAGAGUUCUCUGACCGUCCUGGACUUGCAGGAUAAUGACCUGAGUGGCAGCAUCCUCCCAUGCUUGGGUAAUCUGAGCAAACUCAACAGUCUGGAGUUGAAUUAUAAUCGUUUAGAAGGGCUACUGCCAAGAACUCUAGCAAACUAUACGAGUUUGAUGCAUCUUGACAUCACUGGAGAAAUCCCUUCCCCUUUCUGUAAUAUCACUACUCUAUCCGUCAUUCAUAUGUCAAAUAAUAGCUUGUCUGGUAAGAUUCCCCGGUGUCUCAUCAAUUCUAAUACCGAUCUAAAGCGAUUAGACCUAUCAAUGAAUAGAUUGAGAGGCCCCAUUCCAGAAAUAUUAGCUCCAAACAAUUGCAGCUUGAAGUCCAUUGCCUUGAGACGGAAUCAUUUAGGAGGCAAGCUUCCACAGUCAUGGGCAAGUUGCAGGCAGAUGGAAGCUUUGGAUAUUAGUAACAACGAAGUGGAGGAUUCGUUUCCUAGUUGGCUUGGAACUCUCCCAAACUUGUACGUUCUCAUCCUAAGUACCAACAAGUUCCACGGUUCAAUAAGUAGUCCCAAAGCCAAUCAUCCGUUUUCAAAGUUGUACAUCUUUGACAUCUCCAACAACAAUUUCAGUGGUACUUUCCCGAGCCAGUACAUCGCUAAUUUCAACAACAUGAUGGGUGGAGAUAAAGGACAAAGGAGUUUAGGAUAUAUGACCAACGGGCGCUCCCAGGACAGAUUCCUCGGGGGAAACAGUUCCACACUUUCAGGAGUGAUUCCUUCAGUGGUAAUCCUGGACUAUGCGGACCUCCCUUGCCAAAACCUUGUACUGAAGGCCGCCGGCAAGGGCCCCCUUCGGCUUCCCAGAAUGAAGAAGAUGCAGAGCACUGGAUUGACUGGAGAUUAG